UUACACCCCCAUAUUUACCUCCAGUUGGAGAACUUGAUGAUGUUUCGAAUUUCUCUGGUGGGGGUUCACGUACCCGUGAUGAAGCUAUAAUGGAUGUUUCUACAAACAAAACCUUUUCCCCUGUUCGUUUCACUAAGUCAUCAUCAGUCCACGAUGGAUGUGCUGCCCAGUGUGCAACUUUAGACAAUGAUGAUAAUGAAGUCGAUGAGACUGUUUUAGACAGACGUGCAGUCAAGAGUAUUCCAGAUGAUGAAAAUCAAGAGAAUAUUAAUCCAGAGAAAUCCUUAAGAUCUACAGAAGAGGCAAAAAGACAAGCGAUUCAAGAAGCUGCAGCUGUACCCAUAAAUGAGGAAAUGGAAGAGAUUGAGGAUAUUGAAUGGCAAGGUUCUGAAUGUGUCAGAGAUUUGCCAUUCCUCGGAUAUACAUAUACACCUGGAUUAGUGUUAUUUGGCAAUCUUACCAAAAAGCAGACUCCUCUGUCGAUAGCUGCUGCCAAU